AUGAAUAAAAUUGUUUCAUUUGUUAUAAAAGCAAUCUUCUUUUUCCUAGUUUUAGCAGGAAUUCUAAUUGGUGGCUUGUACAUUGUCUUUUCUCCUAAGCUAUCAGGAGUGCUAGAACACAAUCAUUAAAAAUAUGGAAAUAUUUAAAUAAGAAGAGAUGAUCAUGGUAUUCCUCAUGUUAAGGCUAAAGAUUAUGAUAGCGCAUGUUAUGGAUAAGGGUUUGCAACAGCUCAGGACAGAUUGUUCAAUAUGUUCGUAAAAAGAGCUCUUAUACAGGGUAGAUUAUCAGAAUUAGAUCCAAAAGGCAUUAACACUGAUGUAUUCUUUAGGACGAUAGGCAUAAAUCGUAUAGCAGAAAAGACUAUGAAAACUAUAUCAAAAGAGGGAAUGAACUGCUUACAAGCAUAUUCAGAUGGUGUUAAUGAUUAUUACCAUUCGCUCUCUAUAAAACCUUUAGAAUUUGUUUUGUCUUAAGCUGUUUGGAGAGAUUGGACUCCUUACGACUCUGUAUGCUACGUCAAAUUUAUGUAUUUCUUGUUAAGUAUGGAUUACAUGUUUGAACCAUUAAGGAGUUAAUUAGCAGAAUAAUUUGGAGCAGAAGAUUCAUUAUUUAUGACUGGUAUUCAUCAUGAAAAGUAAUAAUAUUAGGUCACUGUAAUGAAUGAUGAUGAGUUGAAGCAAAGCGGUAUUUAUGAAUAGUAUUAAAGAAACAGAACUGUAGAUUUAAAUAAAGAAGUUAAAUUCUCAGAAGAAACAAAAUAAAAACUUAUGAAUACAACCUUAAGCAAUAUUUUAUAUGAUCUCUACUCAACUUCUUAUGGAUCAAAUUCUUGGGUUAUUCAUGGAAAUUUGACUGAAUCAGGAAAACCUAUACUCUCAAACGACCCUCAUCUUUAAAAUAGUAUCCCUUGUACUUGGUAUUAAAUAGAAAUUCUUAUGACUGAAUCGAAUAAGACUGUUCACGGUGCUUCAAUGCCUGGUAUUCCAUUAGUUAUGAUUGGUAGGACAGAUUUUGCUUCUUGGGGCAUAACAGUUUUAUACGCUGAUAAUACUGAUUUGUAUGUUGAAAAGGUAGAAGGAAAUAAAUACUUACUUGAUGGAGAGUGGAAAGAUCUUAAAAUAGUGAAAGAAACCAUUAAUGUAAAGGGGAAAAAACCUUAUGAAUUAGAAGUCAAAUAUACUCACAGAGGUCCUUUAAUUGAUUAUACAACUGACUUCCACUUUGAAAAUCCCUUUUUGAAGCAUGGAUUAGUAACUUCAUUAGCUUUUGCAGCAUCAUUUGAAUUUGAUAACACCUUUGAUGCUUUUAAAACAAUAAUAAACUCAAAAUCCACUAAAGAAAUCAGGGAUAGCUUUGCUAGCUUAUCUGGUCCAGCCUUAUCUUUACUUUAUUGCACAGAAAGUGGUGAUAUAGGUUACUAUGGAAUUAGUAGAAUACCUUAUACAAAUUAUCCUGAGAUGGGACCAUUUUUAAAAGAUGGAACAACUUCUAAAUAUGACUGGGCUGGAAUAACAAAUAGAGAUGAAAAUCCUUAAAUCAUAAAUCCAAAAAAAGGCUACAUUGUUGCUGCUAAUAAUAAAUUCGCAACAAAUAACUUAAAGCACCAUUAUUCGAUCAGUAUUUCAUGCACUCCUAGAGCAUCUAGAAUUGAUGAGUUGAUACAGUAGUAAAUAAAAUCAGGCAAGAAAUUUAAUAUUGAAGAUAUGAAAAGAAUUAUGUUUGAUACUUUAGAUAUUUAUGCUAGAGAUGUAGUACCAAGUCUCAAUAUACUCUUUGCAAAGCAUGGAGAAAAGGUUUUAAACAACAACAACACUCUUAUUCAAUAAGCAAAAGAUACUUUGAAAUAACUUUAAAAUUGGGACUAUCGCUUUGAUGCAAAUAGUAAACAAGCUCCUUAUUUUGCUGCAUGGGAAUUUUUAUACUCUGACAAAUCUAUGCACUCAUUCAAUACAAGUGCUGAAAAUAGAGCUAUUUUAACUAAAGGUAGAUAAUUCUGGCACUUCUAAUUUUCUAAAAUCUAUGAUUGGUCGAGUGGUGUUAACACUAACUUUAAUGAAAAGUGGUGCCAUAGUGAAAAAAAUAAAAAAACAGGUCAUGCCUGUCUACACAACGUUUUUAUGGCUCUAGCUGAAACAUAAUAAUUACUAGAUAAAAAGUAUUCAGAAUCUGGAAAUCCAGCUAGAACUUGGGGUAAUUUACAUGUAAAUAACUUUGCCCACUUCCCCUUUAGUAAGACUAUAUUGAAGAAAAUAUUCCACAGAAGCUUCCCUGGUUUUGGUAAUGCAAGAACUGUGGCAGUAGCAAUUCCUAAUUAUUUAUAUGACUCAUUUCAUGCAAAUCAAGGAGCCAAUUUUAGAGCUAUUUUUGAUAUGAGCAAUCCCUAUGAAAAAAAUUAUUACCUUGUUGAUACUGGCUCAUCAGAAAAUUUAUUCUCACCUUACUAUGAUGAUUAACUAAAGAUGCAUGAAGAUUUUGUUUUUAUUGAAAUGAAAUCUGGUUUUAAAAAUUUCAUGCAAAAUAAAAAGCAUGUAUUUGAUUUAGUUUAUAAAAACUAACAAAAUAAAAAGGAUAACCAAGAACUUUGA